GUCUACCAUACGCCUAUGGGUCUGCCUCCUUUACCAACUCCACGAUAUCGUCGUUAUCUCAACGGUCAUCAAAGCAAUUUGGAUCGCGCGAUUUCGCAGGAAGUUCUGGCUGAAAGACGCCGAAUUGACCGCAAAAUGGAUGAUUUGCUGGCCUAUCGACUUCCCGAUCCAAUGAUUUACGAUAGCUUGAAGAGUAGUCUUCGCAAAGUUCAUGACAAAAUGGAUAUACAUCGUUCACUACUAGAUCGAUAUUCAGCAAUCGAUAUGCACGACGGGGGCCUCACUGUGGAAGAUAGGAUUAAUGCCAAAUGCCGAGAAGUCAGCGAUCGCAUGGCGAGAUAA